AUGUACGCAGAAUCAAUGGAGCGUAUACUCCUCCUCCUCUCCCUUCUCCUCAUUGAGCACAGGGAGCGCCUCCUCCUCCGCCUCAUGGAGCGCCGAGAGCGCCGCAGAGAGCGAUCCCGGUCAUCCUUGAGGAGUAGUAAGAGGAGGAGGCGCUCCCUGUGCUCCAUGAAGAGGAGGAGGAGGACACUCGUACGAGUACACGCAAUCCCUGUCCCCGAACACACGGACGCGUACACCAACUCCCUCUCCCAAACACGCGUACGCGCAAAAACUCUACCUCUACCCAACACGCGUACGUGCACACGUACUCCCUAUCCCCCAAAUGAAUACGCCUACACGCACUCAAUCUCCCCGAACACACGUACGCGCACACACACUCCCUCUACCCCGAACACGCGUACGCGAACACACACUCACUUUACCCCAAACACGCGUACACGCGCACGCACUCCCUCUCCAUCACACAAACGUACGCGUACACGCACGCACACUCUCUCUACCCCGAACACGUGUACGCGCACACACACUCCCUCUACCCCGAACACGCAUACGCGAACACACACACCCUCAUCUCCUCACACAUAA